AUGGAUAAGGUCCCCAUUCAAGUUGAUGGAAGAUUUAGGCUGGGAGAUGUUUUGGGGUCUGGCCCAUACGCUGUCGUGUAUCGCGCACGGAAUAUCAUUAAGGAUGAUGCAGUCGCCAUCAAACUUGAACCCAUUGACCACUCAUCUUCCAUGCAGUGCGAAUACUGCAUUUUGAAAAACCUUGAGGGUGGUGUUGGGAUUCCCUGUGCCCUUUGGUUCGGUAGGGAGUUGACAUAUCACGCUCUGGUCCUCAACCUCCUUGGGCCAUCACUGCACCAUAUCUUCUGCACUCACAACCGAAAAUUCAGCCUGGACACUGUUGUGAAUCUAGGAGACCAGCUGCUCUCAUGCCUCGAAUACAUUUACUCCCAUAACUAUAUCCAUGGUGAUAUCAAACCACAGAAUGUUGUGGUGGGUCUUGGCGAUUUGAAGCACACCGCCUUCAUUAUUGAUUUUGGUACCGCAAAGGAAUUCUGGAAUACAUCGACUGGAGUCCAUAUACCAUUUUGCCAAGGUCAAUGUCUUACCGGCACUCCUGCAUUUGCAUCAAUCAACAAUCAUUUGGGAGUUGAACUGGGUCGUCAUGACAAUAUUGAGUCACUCACAUAUAUGUUAAUAUACUGUUUGCAGGGCUCUCUUCCUUGGUUAACCAGUAACCAAGAGAAGCUUUCCAGCUCUUCCAUACUCGAGCGUAAAGUAAACACUACUAUUGAAGUUUUAUGUCACAGAAUUCCUGUCGAGUUUGCAGGAAUUCUUAUUUACAUGUGCGCCCUCGCAUUCUCAGAGGACCCCGACUACAACCACAUUUGUUCAUUGCUUCGUCCUUACAACAGAGAUUUGAUUUUUGAUUCCCUCAAUCAUUCAGCUACACGGUCACCCACAGUCACCCAAAGUUGA